AUGUACGAGCCAAAAACGAUCGAUCGAGCGAUUUCACCUCUGCUCUUGAUGCAAUUAAUAACUGGAUCAGGCGUGUUUAGCGAUUCGAAUAAUCGUUACGGUACUGAAUUAUAUGAUAAUUUGUACUUCUUAAACGUGUUCAUGCUGAAUCGAAUAUCUAUUAAGUAUACCCACAUGGCUAACGCAAUAAUAAUGGGCAGUUUAAUCGCUCUAGGACGACUGAACGCAAAGAAAGUGAAGAAUGUAAUUGCACUGUUUAACAAGUACGAUCAAACUGCGGAGGAAAUAGGUUUUCCUAGGGAAUAUCGCGUAGUCUAUCAAUAUCAAUUAUACGCAUUUGCGAUCAGCGCGCUGUUCAUUUUGACUAGUGCAAUCAUUCAGUAUCUGCUGUAUUUACCACCGAUGCUGCAACUGUACAAGAAGACAAUUAUUAUCUUCGUCCUACAUUUUCCAUUGCUACUAGACAGCGUCGGCGUUAUCUCCUUUUGUUUCUGGAUCAGAUGCCUCGAACUGAAGUUUCAACAAUUGAACGAUCUACUUCGAAGCAUAGAAGCGGCGAAGCCGGAUUUACCAGAGGAAAAGAGGAUCCUGACGAUGGUCUACGAUUUCAAUAAUAAAAAAUUCAGCUCGCUCGAGAACGAUGACAUUAAGGGAGACGCCCUCACAAUGAGACUAAUAAAACAAGCUCAUCUGGAGUUGAUCAAGAUCGCCGAUGUCGUGAACAGCACGUUUGGAGUACAAAUUUUGCUGCUGAUAUUCUCUGCUUUCAGCUACCUCGUUACCUUCCUUCACACAAAUUACAAAAUCUUAUGGCUGAGUCCAGGCAUGGAACAAACCGUACGACUCAUCGUACUUCCAACAUUCGCGGCCUGUUUCUUCGGGUUUGAAAUAUUUGUUGUGGGCCACGCUUGCGGUAGAACCAGCACCGAGAGCGCAAGCACUGGGGAUCUCUUCUGCAAGCUUUACCAGACAUCUACGAGCAAGGAAUUUCGAGCAGAGAUUCGAGAUUUCACUCUACAAAUGGUCCAGAACCCUCUGACGUUCACAGCCUGUGGAUUUUUCACAGUGGAUCACUCGUUCAUCUUAAGCGUAAUCGGUGUAGUCAUCACGUAUCUUGUGAUCCUCAUUCAAAUGGAAGAUACGACGACAAAAACAUACCGUCGAUUGCUUGAGAAUAAUAUUACAAUUGAAAACGACGCACCUAUUAGUUGCAAUGAUUUUAAUAUGAAUUGUACGAUAAAAUACAAUUAA